AUUAUUAUUUUUACUAUUACAAUUAUUGUAAUAAUAUUAGCAACAAUUUUAUCAAAAAAAACUAUCACAGAUCGAGAAAAAUCAUCUCCAUUUGAAUGUGGAUUCGACCCAAUAAAUUACUCUCGUUUACCUUUUUCAUUACGAUUUUUUUUAAUUGCUAUUAUUUUUUUAAUUUUUGAUGUAGAAAUUGCUUUAAUCCUACCAAUAAUUUUAAUUAUUAAAACAUCAAAUCUAAUAAAUUGAUCAAUGACUAGUUUAUUUUUUAUUUUCAUUUUAUUAAUUGGCUUAUACCAUGAAUGAAACCAAGGAGCUUUAGAAUGAAAUAAUUA